UGUACUCAAUGAUCACCUUUGAAUGCAUGUCAUUACUGGUGGAGUUAUUUUAAAAAUGGCCACUACCAUCAUGCAGUUGAGAUCUCAAUACAAUUGGCUACUCAUUAUCGUUAAUUAAAGUAAGGAAGAUAAUGAUGUGAAGAAUACAAGACCUUCGUUUUGCGUGAAUGAAUGGGCAAUGCUUAAGCAUUGACCAUUCGAAUCGUGUCAAAGUCAAGUUUAUAAUCUUACAUCAUUCAUCAGUUUAAAUUAUCGGAAUGCCGGAACAGUUGGAACUGCAACAUUUAGUUGACGGGGACGAAGAGAGUGAAAUUGCUAUUCAUAACAGGAAUUCUGUGUUACCUAUUCGGCGAUCAUGUCCUUACCUUGGUUUGAUUCUAGCUACGUUAUCAUCUCUAUUCUUUUCUUUAUGCAGCGUAAUCGUGAAAGGAUUAGUUGACGUACAUCCUAUGGAACUAGCAGCAUUUCGAUUUGUUGGGGUACUACUCCCAACAAUACCAAUUAUUAUAUAUAAGGGAGAAGAUCCCUUUCCUAAGGGACGUAGGCUCAUGUUAAUAUUACGAAGUUUUGUAGGCACUACUGGUCUUAUGCUAAGUUUUUACGCGUUCAGGCAUAUGCCAUUGGCAGAUGCAUCGGUAAUAGUUUUUUCUGUACCUGUGUUUGUAGCAAUAUUUGCAAGGAUUUUCUUAAAAGAACCUUGUGGAUUGUUUAAUGUCAUUACGAUAUGCUUAACACUAAUUGGAGUCAUCUUGAUUACUAGGCCUCCUAUAAUUUUUGGGCAUAGCGUAGGGUCAUUUGCAAACAGCAAUGCAGAAAGAGAACAUACUGACGUUAAAGGUGCUGUUUCAGCUUUUGCUGCAACAUUAUUCGGAGCAAAUGUAUAUAUUUUACUUAGAGCUUUAAAGGGACUUCAUUUUUCAGUAAUUAUGACGAAUUUUGGUUCCUUUGCUUUAGUACAAACUAUAACUGUAACGUGGGCAAUCGGUGCCCUUUGCUUGCCUCGGUGUGGUAUGGAAAGACUUUUAAUCGUAGCAUUAGCUUUGUUCAGUUUUGGAGGACAAAUCUUACUAACUCUAGCUUUGAAAAUGGAACAGGCAGGUCCUGUAGCUAUAGCGAGAUCUGCAGAUAUAUUGUUUGCCUUUUUUUGGCAAAUCUUGUUUUUUAAUGAAAUACCAAACCGUUAUUCGGUAGGUGGUGCAAUCCUAGUCACAAGUUCCGUUUUACUUACAGGCUUAAGAAAAUGGGCUGUUUCGUUGCCUGAAACUUCGAAUGUUAAGAAAUGGCUUGGUAUUUUAGCAGUGUAAAUUAUUGUUUGAAUAUUCUUUAUUUUUCUUUAUUAUGAUAGAUUUAUUUGGAAUGUUCGAGGUGCCAGUUUCAAGACUGUGUUUAACAUGAUGAAAGUAUCAUCAGGACUUCUACUUUACACAUUACUAGCUAAGAAAUUCAGAAAAGAACUUUUCUAAAUUAUAAGAAUAUGUAGAUUUCCAAUGUGGUUAGUACUUCAAAUCGAGAAGACGAUACAAAUGAAUUGAACAUUUAGACAGAGAAGAAAUAAGUAAUAAUGUCAGAACCAAAUUCACGUGCAUAGUUCACAUAGUACUGCACGAUGUAUGUAUGUAAAUAUACUUAAAAUUUUGCAAAAUUCCAGACUGAAUAUAGAAUAAGCAAAAUGCUAGCCAGACAACUUCCUCUAUCCAGUAUGGUUCGAAGCAAUAACUUUUGAUACUUAGAUGUCACAUUUUUUUCAUAUGGGACAAAAACUAUUAAUGCUAAACAGAAAGUUAUAUAAGAAUUUCUUAACAUAUUGCGCUCAAAGAAAAUAGACAAUAUUUCUCUGUGUUACCUUUUGAAAUUAGUUAUCGCCAAAGAACAUUACUCUUCUGAGAUGUUAAAAAAAAAGAAAACUAGUUUCUAAUUCCAAUUAUGUAAAAUGUUGAAUUUUAGUUUAGAUUUAUAAAAUAGAGGGUGUCCUGUAAUUGAUCAUUCCGUUCAAAGAUUAUAAUACAAAUAAAUAAGUGGAGUAAUAAAUUACGGGGCACUUUGUAUAAUGCUAUAGACAUAUAUCAUAUUUAUUUGGUAACCAAAGUUGCUACUCCUUCAAUAAUAGGUAAAUUUGAAGGGUAAUAGCUCUGUAAGUGACUAAAUUGUUUAGAACUCGCUUAAUAAGUACUAUGUUUGUGAUAUGUCAGUGUACCAAAUAUUACGUAAUUGUGCCAUAGGUUAAACGUAAUAAUAUUAGAAUGUUAUGCUUCGAUUUUAUUAAACGAAUUAAAUCUCUAAAGAAAAUUUCAUAGCACAUGCAUCAAUGUUUUCAAGUAAUAACUACUAAAUAAUUAUCGUUUAUAUAAAUACCUAACUUGCUAAUUUUCUAUCGACGCUACUUUUGACAAUAUAUAAGAUUUAUUAUGGUCUAUCAGCUUCAAAUGUCUUCGCGCAGAUAAAUUUAAACAUAAAUUAUUAUGUUAUAUUAAUAUAACUCUUUUAUGGUUUUGAUUCGAUUAGGAUAUAUAUCUUUAUACUCAGAAUUUCUGUUUGGAAUCAAAUUUUUAUAAUACAUUACUUUGUUACCAUUCACCCAGUCAGGUAUAUAAAAUAGUAAUAAUUUUUGCUAGAAAUGUAUUUUUAAUAAAAUUCGUAAAAUGAUUAAAAUAAUAUUUAGUUAUUGGAAUGCAUCAUACAAAUAAUGUUUAUUUUUCACACCGAAGACAGUCAUUGAAAAUGUAGAAGGUAUCGGGAAUAGGUACAGGCAUAAAAGCCUCCACUUGAAUACUUGUAAACCUUAAUAUGUAAUCAUUUCUUUAUCGCACAUUUCUUAUAUGCCCAAGAGUAGAAUAUUAUAAAUAUAUUUAUGAACGAA